ACCGCUCUUUUUAUUCGGCGUGUCUUCCUUGCCUACUACUCAUCUCUCUAUCUACCACUGCCGCUGUGCAUUUGCGUCUGACCAGCGUGGAAAAAAGUGCCUUCGACUGUGUUCAUCGCUUUACACCUUGCUUUGACCGGGGUUUACUCCUCGAGCACUCGCUCUAGAAGAAGGACUUCCCUUGCCGUCCAACCUACUGCUCUAUCGAUCGCCACACUAAAAGCAGUUGGAUCACGAAGGCCGUGGACCACCUUGCCAACAGAGCACAAUGGAGCAUCUUCACUCGCAAUCUCCGGCUAGUUAUAUGCCAUCAUCGCGAAAAAGCCGCAUGGCAAUCGAUGCUCUGUUGAACCCGUCAGCAGAGUCUGAAAAUUCUCCUCAACUGCAUUACGCCCAUCCAGGAUCGCAGUAUUCACCUAUCUACCCUCCCAGCCCUAGUCAUCACUACUUCUACCACCCAUACACAGAUAGUCACCAUCAUCACCAUCAUCCUUACCGGGAAAGUUCUGGCUCCUCGCAAGACCAGGCGUUCUUGCCAUAUCGACCACGGUCGACGGAGUCCUCACCAGGGGCGUACUCUCGGGACCGGUAUGACUCGGUCUCAAGCAGUUCUAGCAAUGCCCCAGAGCGGCGACGGCCCCCUCGACCUAAGUAUGAGGAAGAGGAAAUGUACUUCAUUUGGUAUCACCGCGUGGAUCUGUGCCAAGAAUGGAAGGAAGUGCGCGAGAGCUUUAACCGACAAUUCCCUAGCCGGCAACGACGUGGAUUCCAAGGAAUUCAAUGCAAAUUCUACCGAUUCAUCAAGGAGAAGAAGUGCCCAACGUUGCGAGAGCAGAGACGCAUGCGCGACGGCGAGUUCCUACGAGAGGGGUCAGGGCUAGUUGACUCGGCCGCACCACGAUUCGGCGUUGUGGAAUGGAUGGGAGCUUGGUAUCCUUGGAUGCGAGAAACUAAAGAACAAGUCCUCAGUCGACGCAUAUCACAUUAAAUUUCCUCCUCUUCUUUCCCUCAAAAAUUCCUACCUCCUUCAUUCCUCGACUCUACAGAUCCUCCUCCCACCUUUGAAAAAUCCCCCUCUUUACGGCCGUCAAGAUACCUUUGAAGUUUCUCUUC